AUGCUAAGGAUACUAUCGAGAAGGUUUUACAGCAGCAAAACUGUAUUUCAGUACUUUCCCAAGAGUUUUCCCAAUGGAAACCCAAGUUGGUUGGUAGAUUUAAAAUGUUUGCGAAAGGAAUAUCGUGAAUUGCAAGCGCAUGAACAUCCUGAUGCUAACGCCAAUGCUCAUACGAGCCGUAGCUCCGACAUUAAUCAUGCAUAUCAAACGGUGAGGCAACCACUUCUUCGUGCACAAUAUUUAUUACUCAUUAAGGGUGGCAUUGAUCUCAACGAUGAAAAGAUGGCACAGACGAUUGCUCAGCACGACCCCGGAUUAUUAAUGAAAGUACUAGAUGUUCACGAGCAGUUAGAAGGAUUAUCUAGCGAACAAGAAGUUAAAGCUAUAUCUCGAGAGAAUCGAGAGCGUAUGGCGGUGAUUGAACAAGAGCUGACUAAGGCAUUCGAGCAGAACGACAUGGAAACUGCAGCACAGCUUACCGUGGAACUUCGUUACUGGACGAGUUUAGAUCGCGCAGUCAAGGAAUGGGAACCAGGAAAGGCAGUAAAUUUGAACCAUUAA